AAUGUGACCAAUCGAAUCAUCCUCGGCAGAGAGCCGGAGCUGCAGAUCGGAAGAGCAGAGCGUUGGGCUCAGUCCGGCUCCCACGCCGAAGAGUUCCUGGGGUGACACUAUCUUUUCCUUCCUUUACCUUGGGAAUACCUCGGGAUUUACCCCCCAUCUUCUCAUCCCACGGAUUUGGUGGUUUUCCCGCCCCUGGCCUCGCCUCCUGCCCGCCCUCGGAUCAGCGCUCGGGUGAAAAGGGCACCAUCAGACGGGUGAUCGCUGGCCCUGGUGCUAUACUACGAUACCUUCAUCCUGACCUGCCCACUCGCCUGCCCUCGACCCCUCACCUCCCUGUAACCAUGACGACCAAAACAACCAAUGUCCUGGACGGGAACAAGGUCUCCUCCUCCCCUCUCCUGUUGUCCACAUCAUCCUACCUGUCUUGCCAGCGCCUAGUGACCAAGGACGGUCACUGCGCCCUGCGGUCCUCCCCUCCCUCCCCUGGCCUGUGGCCCUCCUGGGCAUCUGCCUCUGCCUGGCUGCUAGCCCUACAGGACCUGUGGGGGGCAGUGGUGUGCCUGCGCUGGCGCUGGGUCCUAUUGGCCUUCUGCACCUCCUUUGUGGCCCACUGGCUGCUGUUCGCCUGCCUGUGGUACCUACUGGCCCACCUCAAUGGAGACCUGGCGGUGGAGGACCACGACGCUCCUCCAGAGGGACACGUAGUGUGUGUCAAAUACAUCACCAGCUUCACCGCAGCCUUCUCCUUCUCCCUGGAGACCCAGCUGACCAUAGGGUACGGCACCAUGUUCCCCAGUGGGGACUGUCCCAGUGCUAUAGCCCUGCUGGCAGUUCAGAUGCUGCUGGGGCUCAUGCUGGAAGCUUUCAUCACAGGUGCGUUUGUGGCUAAGAUCGCCCGUCCCCAGAAGCGUGCGGGGGCCAUUCAGUUCAGCCCCCAGGCGGUGGUAGGUCAGCACCAGGGCCAGCCCUGCCUCAUGUUCCGGGCCACCAACCUUCUGCGACGCCCCCUGGUGGACGUGGAGGUCAGUGCCGUGCUGUACGAACAGAGAGACGACCAAGUCCUGCACCAGACCAACCUGGACUUCCAGCUGGACCGGCUGGGCCCACGCCCCUGCCCCUUCUUCAUCUUCCCCCUCACCUUCUACCACGUCCUGGACCGCCACAGCCCCCUUUACCCGGCCCUGCGUGAGGGCAGCGCCAGCCAUUUUGAGCUAGUGGUGUUUCUCUCCGCCUCCCAGGAGGGCACGGGCGACGCCUGCCAGAAGAGGACGUCCUACCUGCGCCAGGAGAUCCAGUUUGAGCGGCGCUUUGUGCCCGCUGUGGGGUUGGACAAGCAAGGCAGGUACCAGGUGAGCAGUCAGCACUUUGGCAUUGCCCACUGCAAUGAGCCUCUGGACAAGGAGUGUGUGGUGCAAAUCAACGGGGAUGGGAGUGACAGGAUGGAGUAAGGGUGGGGAAGGAGGAGGGUGGAAGGGAAGGAUGGGCAGGAAGAAAGGGAGAAUGGGGUAUGGGAGAAGGGGAAGAGGGUAAUAGGUGAGAGGAGUAAGGGACAGAGAGCAUCGUGGGAUGGGUGGGUUCCGGGGUUUAGAAUAUCUAUAUUUAAUAUAGUACCAGUCAAAAGGUUGGGCACACCUACUCAUUCAAGGGUUUUUCUUUAUUUGUACUAUUUUCUAUAUUGUAGAUUAAUAGUGAAAAUAUCAAAACUAUGAAAUAACACAUGGAAUCAAGUUGUAAUCAAAAAAGUGUUAAAAAAUAUAUUUUAUAUUUGAGAUUCUUCAAAGUAGCCACCUUUUGCCUUGAUGACAGCGUUGAACAGUCUUGGCAAAGAGAAAUGACAGUGCAUCAUUACUUUAAGACAAGUCAACUCUGAAAAUGUCAAGAACUGUGAAGGUUUCAAGUGCAGUCGCAAAAACCAUCAAGCGAUAUGAUGAAACUGGCUCUCAUGAGGACCGCCACAGGAAAGGAAGACACAGAGUUACCUCUGCUGCAGAGAAUACGUUCAUUAGAGUUACCAGCCUCAGAAUUUGCAGCACAAAUAAAUGCUUCACAGAGUUCAAGUAACAGACACAUCUCCAGAUCAACUGUUGAGAGGAGACUGCGUGAAUCAGGCCUUCAUGGUCGAAUUGCUGCAAAGAAGCCACUACUAAAGGACACCAAUAAUAAGAAGAGACAUGCUUGGGCCAAGAAAUACGAUCAAUGGACAUUAGACCGGUGGAAAUCUGUCCAAAUUUCAGAUUUUUGGUUCCAACCGCCGUGUCUUUGUGAGAUGCAGGUGAAGGAUGAUCAUCGCAUGUGAGGUGUGAUGAUGUGGAGGUGCUUUGCUGGUGACAGUGUCUGAGAUUCAUUUAGAAUUCAAGGCACACUUAACUAGCAUGGCUACAACAGCAUUCUGCAGCCAUACGCCAUCCCAUCUGGUUUGCGCUUAGUGGGACUGUCAUUUGUUUUUCAACAGGACAAUGACCCAACACACCUCCAGCCUGUGUAAAGGAUAUUUGACUAAGAAGGAGAGUGAUGGAGUGGUGCAUCAGAUGACCUGCCUUCCACAAUCACCCGACCUCAACCCAAUUGAGAUGGUUUGGGAUGAGUUGGACAGCAGACUGAAGGAAAAGCAGCCAACAAAGUGCUCAGCCUGUAUGGGAACUCCUUCAAGACAGUCUGAAAAGCAUUCCAAGUGAAGCUGGUUGAGAGAAUGCCAAGAAUGUGAAAAGCUGUCAUCAAUGCAAAGGGUGGGUACUUUGAAUAAUUUAAAAUAUAAAAUGUAUUUUGAUUUGUUUAAACACCUUUUUGGUGACAACAUGAUCCAUAUGUGUUAUUUCAUAGUUUUCAGUUCUUCCCUGUUGUUCUACAAUGUAGAAAUGUGUAAGAAAUUAAGAAAAACCCUUCAAUGGGUAGGUGUGUCCAAACGUUUAAUUGGUGCUGCAUAGUAACACAGGGAUAGAGAUAGGGGCGGAAAAUUGUGGGUUAGGGGCAACAUGGGAGGGACAGGUUUCUAUGGCUCUGCUACCUGGUUAAGCAACCAUCCAUAUCAAAGGGCAUUUAUCCAGUCGAUUGAAGAUCACUAAAUUGUAGAGCAUGUUCUAGUUACCUGUGAUCUCUAGAACCAACAGGCACAUUCACUGUCAUGAAGGAUGCUAUUCCACAAUCAAUAACACCGUGCUGCUAUGGAAUACACUCUGGCUGCAUUUACACAGGCAGCCCAAAUCUGAUAAUUUGUCCAAUUAUUGGCAAACGAGCUUAUCUGGUUGGACAAAAUCCCAACUUGUGAUAAAGUAUAUAUAUAUUUUGGACACACAUACAAGUUUGGACACACCUACACAUUCAAUGGUAUUUCUUUAUUUUUACAAUUUUCUACAUUGUAAAAUAAUAGUGAAUUUUUUUUAUUUUCGAUUUGAGUUUGAUUUGAUUUGAGUGUGCAAAGCUUUCAUCAAGGCAAAGGGUGGCUACUUUGAAGAAUCUCAAAUGUAAAAUAUAUUUUGAUUUGUUUAACACUUUUUUGGUUACUACACGAUUCCAUAUGUGUUAUUUCAUAGUUUUGAUGUCUUCACUAUUAUUCUACAAUAUAGAAUUCAAACCCUUGAAUGACUAAGUGUGUCCAAUCUUUUGACUGGUACAGUAUAUAUAUCAGAAUUUGACUGUCUGUGUAAACACAGCCUCUGUAGUCUAGAGGAGCCUACUUUGAAAGGUGACAACUCAAUGUCUUCAAUCAUUUUAAACUGAGGUAUAUAAUAUUGAACUGUCAGAAAUUUCAGUCAUGCAUUAGAAAAUAUCAGUUGAUUUAACUGAAAAUGUAUUAGAUUACUGCCUUAAAUGUUUAUAAAAAAGUCUUCACUGAAAUCAGUGUGCCUAUUUACACCAAAUAUUAGCCAAAGAUUAAAUGUAAUAAUUUGUUAUACAAUGAUUACACAUGUUCAAUAUGUAAAAUGCUAUGACUUUAGAUUGAGCACUUUAGUGAUAGGUUAAAGGUUUGGAGAACGAUGUCAGUAGAUCAUCUUUACAUUUUCCCUUUGAAUUUAUGUAAAGACGAAAAUCACUAUUACAUCAUGCAUGUAUGCAUGAGUCAACAGCAAAACACAAAGAUUAGAAAGAAAAUGGAAAUAAUGUUAUGGGAAGCCCUGAUUUUCAGAGAUAAAAUCUUAUUGUAACAUAAUACAUGUUCCAAUGGCUUGUACAGUGUACAUUACAUGAAAUAAAAUAAUAUUUUCUGAACAAUUCAAA